AUGGAACCGCGGCCAGUGAUUAGUUUUAUGAAACAGAAAUACCUAAUAUAUGAAAGGGAUAUGCAAUAGGAUUCCUUUACAACCAGUAUUGAUUAGUAUUUCAAGAGAACUUAAAAAAGAAUUUAUGGCUUUACCUUAUCUAGUAUCAAUUGAAUUCUAAUUAUAGGUCUGUUUUUUUUGAUUUUACUUAUUCCAUCCAUUGUAUUACAAUAGGAGUCUUAGGAAGUAGUUGUUUUACCUGAAUAGGGAGGAUAAUUUACAGUUAAAGAUUAGCUUAAUCCUCCAAUAAGUUUGGAAAUAAUUUCAAGUGAAUCUUAUUUAUUAUUGGAUGUCUAACUUUAUUUAGAUGGACAUACAAUAGAAUAAUUUACAAUUGAAUAAAAAAUGAAUAGUAAUUCAACUCACAAAAUUACUAGCAAUAAAUCCUUUAAAAUUAGUAAAAAUUUAAUGAUGGUAGCAGUUAGAUUAAUUUCAUAGUUUAGCUAUGUGCCUAGAUCGUAUUUAAUUAUUUAAACAAUAAUGUUAGUUCUCUCUUUAUUGUAUUUAAUUUAAGAAAUAUUGAGAAAACCGAAAAUUUGA